GUAACUAUAUAAAAUUAUAGUAAUGUUAGUAUAGCAAUUAUUAAUUUCGAGUACAAAGAACCGUCAUAAUAAAUAAACAAGAAUUAUUUAAGUCUUACAGUGCGGUGAACUUUUCUAUUACGCGAUAGUUUCAUUUUCCGGAAUACCGCCUACUAUUUCCUAUAUCGUUUCGCAAUUCGGCAAUCAUAAUUUGCAGCUGGAACGAUACUGCACAUGCAAGGAACAAAUCGCAACGAUAAACAUACCCAUUCGGUAGUCCGUCACGCAGUCACGUGCGUGCCUCAUAUAAACGUACGUUAACCACUUUCUAAAUUCUCUGUAGAUCCCGAUGAGUCUGCAUUCUGCAACUGGACAAGAAGUGGGAAUCACUUUUACUGAUUUUUCAUCGUUGGAUCCGAUAUUAUAUCAUCAUACAGUCCGCCAGUGCGAGAGAUGGCGGUCACUGUCGUGGGACAACCACUUUCCUGCCAUCGACAUCGUCUUGCAGUACAUCCAAUGAAACUAUCCGAGCAGCACUUUGCAUAUUUCUAAUCAGCGUAUAUCGCACAUACUGGACUCUCUUUGUGUACCUGCUGCAAAUCUUAGUCGCUCGAGAAACAUACGUAGAGACGCGGACGUCAAGAAACGCAGGUGAUGGAGAGAAAAAGUUACCCGAUAAUCGUCAUUUUGAUAACUUUAUCGCUCGCCUGGCACGUAAACGGACAGAAUAAAACAUUGAAGGAUCUUUUUAACAGUACAUCCUGUGCUAAACCACCGUUCGUUUGUCCUCAUCCGCAGAUAGAAUUUUAUCUGUACACCAGAAAAACCCAAAAAGAUCCAGAAUUACUUAACGUACUGAAAUACGAUUCUUUGGAAUAUUCGAGAUUCGAUAAGUCCAACCCAACGAAGAUCAUCAUACACGGUUUUGGUGGUGGAAGAAAUCUAGCACCCAGUACGGACUUACGAAAUGCGUACUUUACUCGAGGCGAUUACAAUAUAAUAAUCGUCGAUUACGGCUCGUUGGUACGGGAGCCAUGUUUAUCGCAGAUACAGUGGGGUCCUGAUUUCUGUUCGCAAUGCAUUGCACAACUAGUAAGAUACCUGAGAGAUCAUCCUCGUGGGACACCAGUAGCAAGUAUACACGUCCUGGGUUAUAGCGUUGGUGCUCAUAUAGCAGGACUCGUUGCGAAUUACUUACCAGAUGACAAGUUGGGUCGUAUUACUGGAUUGGAUCCAACGAUUUUCUUCUAUAUGAAUGGAAAUAGGUCCAGGGAUUUAGAUGAGACAGAUGCUCACUUUGUAGACGUGAUCCAUACAGGUGCUGGUAUUCUUGGUCAGUGGGGCCCAAAUGGCCACGCAGAUUUUUAUGUGAACGGUGGAUCGAGUCAGCCCGGAUGUGCGACUGCCUCUUUGCUACAAACUUUGUCCUGCGACCAUACGAAGGUGACGCCUUAUUACAUCGAGUCGAUUACCACAAAAGUUGGAUUCUGGGCUGCACCAUGUGGAAAUCUCUUUUCGUAUCUGAUAGGAUGGUGCAGCCCGGAAGAGCACGAGUACGUCAUCAUGGGCGAGUAUACCCCACACACCGCUCGAGGAAUCUUUUAUCUGUCAACAAACGGACACAAACCGUACGCCAGAGGUCUUCCAGGAAGAAAAUUGCGAACGACAAACAGGAAGCGAUCGUACUACCGCCAGUAUUAAGUUUGCUGAAGCAGCUCAUCAACAUUAUAAUAGAAUAGUCAUACUUUUUAUAGCAUAUUACAUGUUAACUUAAAUUGCAUUGCACGUUGCGCUCAUUUCCUAUCGUGGAGUUAUUUAAUAAAGUUUUUUUUUUCUAUUUUUACUAUUGCAAA